AUGUCGCAAAGUAUUGUUUUCUUCGCCAUUACCACUACUCUUUCUGUGUUAGAAUCAAUCCCUACUUCAUACUACCAGACUUUUGUGUUGGAAGAGAAAUUUGGAUUUAACAAGACAACAUUGAAAGUUUGGCUCACUGAUAUGGUCAAGUCUCUUCUCCUCACCAUCACUUUGGGAUCGCCUUUCUUGUAUGCCUUCUUAAAGAUUAUCGAGGUUUACGGCGUUUCUUUCGUUUCCUACGCCUGUGGGUUGGUGUUGUUUGCCCAAUUGUUCUUCAUGACCAUUGCACCCUCAUUCAUCCUUCCUCUUUUCUACAAAUUCAGUCCCCUCGAGGAUGGCGAGUUAAAGACCGAGAUUGAGGCGUUGGCAAAAAGAAACGAAUUCCCACUCAAAGAAUUGAGCGUCAUGGAUGGAUCCACUAGAAGUGCACACUCAAAUGCAUUUUUCGUUGGCUUGCCCUGGAGCAAAAAGAUUGUCCUCUACGACACAUUGAUUGAACACAACACCACCCCCGAAACUGUGGCUGUGUUAGCCCAUGAGAUUGGUCACUGGAAGCUCAAUCAUUUGGCUCAACUGAUGGUGGCUACUCAGGGAACCUUGGCUUUCACAUUCAUCCUCUUCUCCGCUUUCCUUGGCAACAGAGCAAUUUUCCACUCUUUUGGUUUCCACGGUGUUUAUCCUCCCUUUAUUGCCUUCACUUUGUUUUCAUAUGUCAGCUCUCCUUUGAACUGUCUCUUCCAAUUUGGUUUGAACGUUUUGUCCAGAAAGAACGAGUACCAAGCAGAUCAGUAUGCUCUUGAACAGGGUCACUCUGACAGCUUGGCUUAUUCUUUGAUCAAACUCACUACCGAGAAUUUGGGAACGAUUGACAGUGACUGGUUGUAUUCUGCCUACAACCACUCACAUCCUAUUUUGGCCGACCGAUUAUCAAACUUAGGUUAUGUGUCAAAGGAGAAGGUUGGCGAUGUGAAGAUUGCUGGUGCAGAAAAGCAGGAUUAA